AUGGCGCUUAUAAUGUCAUACUUUGUUUGGUUGGUACUCGCACUGUUAGUUGAUCGACAGCUCUACCUCAGUCUCGGCUUCCACUCGUCAGCUGUCUGCUCUCGCAGCCAAUCUGCUCGUGUGACGGUUGCUAUUAGCCUGGCCAUGGCCAUCUAUACGGCUCCACUGUUCUGCGAAUUCACAUGGCAAGCUUACCCAAGUCUUGGUCUGGUCCGUGUUGUGCGCACUCGCUUUGGAAACAACCAGACAUUCAAGCUAUUGAAUUGCAUGCCUUAA